GAAAAAUGUCUAUCAGAACAAACCGAAUGAAAGCAGUGCCAACACUGCAGAGACGGUUGACAUUGGUUAAGAGCGGAGAAGAGCCUAAUAUUUCUGAUAAGCUUGACAGGUUAAUGUCUGAUCUAACAGCCAUAAAAGAUUUGUUUUCAACAGUGAAAAGUAACGAAGAAGAACUCCUUGACACGUUAAAACUUGUCGAUGAUCUUCUUCGCAACUUCAAAACAGAAAAGAAGUUCGACGAGAUUUCCAGUCGAAUUUUGGAACCAGAGAAAGCCGAUCCACAAAAGGGGAAUGAUGAGCCAUCUUCAAGUCAAAAGGCAGAAGAAAAGAGUGGGAAAAAAGAUGAAACGAUUGAUGAAAAGUUGAAGAAUUUGGAAGGCACGUUUAAGAACUUGAAGGCCAAUUUUUCCACGCUGAAGAAAAACGAAGAACUACGAACAAAGUUAACGGAACUGGAAAAUUUCCUUCAGAACUUCAACUCUAAGCUCGCAGAAGAUGCAUCAAUGAAGGAGAUGAAUCAAGACUUCACUGGAGCAGGAACUGAUAAGCCAUCUUCAGGCCAAUUGACAAAAGACAACAAGAGCAUAGUAGAAGAAGUUAAAAGUUCAUCUGAGAUUGCCGAGCCUUCGCAAGAUUCCGAUCAAAGUGAAACAAAAAGUUCAGAGCUACCAAGACAAAAAUCAACGGAUAAAUCACUAGAUCAAGACUUGAAAGCCACUGGUAUUGAAAUGCCACCUUCAAGUCAAGAGACACAAGACGAGAAGAGUAUUGCAGAAAUAGAUAGAACGAUUGAAGAAAAGUUUGAAAGUUUUAUGUCCAAGCUAGACAAAAUAAAGGGGAUGUCUUCCAAAGAAAAUGAAGAACUUAGGAAAAAAUUAGAAGAAAUGGAAGAUCUUCUUCGAAAAUUCAAUUCUAAUCAAAGUGAAACAAAAAAUUUAGAGCUGCCUACUCAAAUAGAAAGGGAUGAGUCGGUGGACAAAGGCUUCAAAGCCACUGGUGUGGAUAAACCAGCUUCAAACCAAGAGCCAAAAGACGAAAAUUUUCAGGAAAAAUAUGUACCCAUUGAUGAAAAGUUGGAGAGUUUGAAGGUGGAACUGGACAACAUGAAGGCCAAGUUUUCCCCAGCCAAGGAAAACGAAGAAAUGAGUAAAACGUUAAGAACCCUAGAAGAUCUUCUUCAAAGCAUUGAUAUUCCUGCAGAAGAUGCAAACCCACCUGAAACAAAAGGUUCAGAGCUAACAAGCCAAAUAUCAAGGGGAGAGUCGGAGAAUCAAGUCCUUAAAGGUGUUGAUAAGCCAUCUUCAAGCCAAGACGUACAAGACAAGGAGAGUGUGGAAAAAGACGUAUCAGAUGAUGAAAAAGUGGAGAGUUUGAAUGUCAAGCGUAAAGAUUCCAAGGAGGAGGUGGUAGAAAAGGUGGUGAAUGCCAUUAACAAAAAGAUCAAGAAAUCAACUAAAAAGCUUGGUGAUAGUGAAAUUAAAAUACAACCUAAUGAAUCAUUAGAAAAAGGAAAAACAUCAAAAACAUACCCCAAACUGUCUUUAAGCCGAGACGAUAAGACUUUGGAGCUAGUCUUGAAAAGGUUUCAAGCCAGUUAUGAUGCCCUUAAUUCUCAUUCAAAAGUUUGCUGUUUGUCUCUCUCAAUUUUCCCAGAAAAUGUUGUUAUAAUGAAAAGACAAAUAAUUUACUGGUGGAUUGGAGAGGGGUUUGUAAAAAGGUCAACAGAGAAAACAUCUGAAGAAGAAGGUGAGAAUGUUUUCAACGAGCUUCUGAAUUCUAAUCUGAUUGUACCACAUGGUUCAGGCAAGUGUCCUGUUGUCAAUAAAUUCAAAAUUAAUCCUUGGAUCCGCCACAUGUUGGUAUCAUCUGUUCUGGGAGAAAAUAAACAACCCUUUGGAUUUUAUUCACAAAUAACAACCUCUUCCCACCGCAAUCAUGCUGAUUAUGGUUGCCUAGUACUUGACCGACAAAAUGUUGAAAUAGGUGGUCACUUUGAUUGGAAAUCUGUCCAUUCGAGAAGUGUUUUCAAUCUUGGUGCAAGAUAUCUUACUAUUGAACCUCGAUGGAUGGCUAAAAUGAAGAAGUUGGUGGUGCUUCAGCUUGGUCGUUGGCAAGAGUCUCCUGAACAUCACAUUGAAGUUGCUGGUACAGAAUUCAUGACAGCCACAAAGGCUCAAAAGCAUCUGAAAUAUCUCAGCCUUCGUGGUAUAUCAAGAAUAUCAGCUUUGCCACCCUCUAUUGCUCAACUUGUUAGCCUAGAAAUUCUUGACCUCAAGGCUUGUCACAAUCUCGAAACCUUACCUAAUGAAAUUACUUCAUUGAAAAAGCUCACACACUUGGAUGUGUCACAGUGCUACUUGUUGGAGAGUAUGCCAAAGGGGAUUGGGAAGCUCACUGAGCUCCAAGUACUCAAGGGAUUUGUAGUAGGCAGUUCCAAAGAGACUCUUACAAUAUCUGAUCUUGCAAACUUUAAAAAGUUGAAACGAUUGAGCAUACACAUUGGAAGUGAGGCUGUGAUCCAAAAAGAGUUUGAAAGCCUGAGAAACUCAGAAGUUAAAUGUCUCAAAAUAUCAUGGGGCGCGUCAUCUUACACCAAGUACAAAGAUAUUGAUAUCGUUCUCCCAAUAGGUUUGGAAAAGUUAAACCUUGAAGGCUUUCCUAGUGAGAAAACUCCAACAUGGUUGAAGCUUAACCUCCUACCUUCUGAUUUGAAGAGACUAUACAUAAUAGGAGGAAAACUCAGCAGCAUAGAAGAGGAAAAAAGCAUUAAAAGAAAUUGUAAGGUGGAGAUCUUGCGUCUGAAAUACCUAAAGAAUCUUCAAAUUGAUAUUGACCAUAUCAUAAAGUUGUUUCCUUCACUGAAGUAUGCCGAGGUGAAAAAAUUCAAAGAGCCUAGCCAUGAAUGGAGCAUUUGAUGGUAAAAGUACACCCAUUUCAUAAAUGUUCAAUGUAUUUUAUUUUAAGGGAAAUUUAGUUCACCCGAAUAUUUAUUUGUACAUAUAUAUGAUUCCAACCAUGUAUAUUUGUUCGGUGUGCUCCAAGUCAGAGUGAUGAAAAAGUUCAGAAAAAGAUAUAUAUAAGUUCUGUGGUAGGUUAGUGAUUAUUGUAACUGAACUUA